AUGCAUUUCUGGAUAGAUAAACGCAGCCAGUGCGCUUACAGCGGCCGCCAUCGGGUGCCGUCAUCGCUGUCGGCUGGUGUGGGCCGCGCUCACGGUCGAAAGGGCAUGGCUGCACCUGUGCACCGCUUUGCAUCUGUCGACUGUGCACCGCGUCGCCCUCACCGGCCAAUGAGGCAUUAUGCGCCGCCACCGGUGCCGGCGGUCCACUCGAGCCGGAGGCAAGCCGAGGAGCCCAGCCUGUACGUGGAGAUUCCGCCGGAGCCGCCGCAGCCCACCAUCGCCAGCUUGGCGGCCGCGCGCAGCGUCACCCCGGACACCUUGCUGCGCACGGCCGCCCUGGGCCUGCACAACUCGCCGAUGAUGGCGCCGCACCUCAAGUUCGGAAUGCUGGUCUCCUUCGCCCUGGCGACGGUGUUCCUGGCCGGCGCCAAGUACUAUUUCGACAGACAGGUGGUGCGAGCUGGGGUGUCGAGCGAGGCGGGGAUGGUGUGCGCGGCCGUGGCGUGCAUGUGCGGCGUAUGCUGCGCCCUCUCCCUCUGCCGCACCCGCGCCCCCCGCGCCCCUCCCGCGCCCCCGGAACGGGUCUCCUCCACCGCGCAGCGCCACGCCCACCAGAUAGCGGAGAUAGCAGAGGAGCUUCCCGCGCUUCUGCCCGCUUCAGAACGCUCCGAGCGAAGGGCGGAGAGGCUGGUGGAGAGGGGUGCGGAGAGAGUACCAGAAAUGGUACCGGACCGAACUGCGGAGAGGGGCACUAGUGAGGCGCCCCCGCCGUACCACAUUGCGGUACUUCUACCGGGCCGCGCCGCCGCCCCCCCGCCUGCCUACAGCGCGAUCAGC